AUGAGUACCACAACGUUCCUACGCGGCUUUAAGGUCCCGCUUCCUAUACUCAACGCCUUCCUGCUCGCCCACAACAUCAACGAGUCUGAGUUGCUCUGUGCUGGUAUCCCACCCCGCUACAAUAAGCCCAAUGAUGAGGUCACCACACUCCUCCGGAACAAGCUUGGAAACGGAGACAACAAGACACGCGUCUUUGUUCCAUUACGGACCAGCUUUAGCCUUGCAAACUCAGCCUAUAUUGCCUAUGACUGGAAAAUAGCCUUUGCGCAACGCAGGCUAGGCCCCGAAGACUUUGCAGACAUCCCAUCCCCGGAGUUCGAGGACCUGCGAAAGGAGAUCCUGUCUUACGCCGAUACGGCUAAGCCACUCGCCGACGAUGCGCGAUACCAGAAUGCCGUCUAUAUCGUCAUCACUGAGGAGCAGACAUACUUCCCGCCUGAGUUCAAGCCACAAUUUCCGAUUGAUCAGCGUGGCUGGUUCCAGGCGCCGCCCGUUCAUUUUGAAGAUCAAGGAGCUGGGGAAACCGCGCAAGGAAACGAGGCAGCCGAGACAGUCCAAGAACUGCAGGGAGACUCAGAUAUCCUGUUCCAGAACACGGAACACGCAUUUGUGACCGAGAGGGUGACGGUUACUCCCCAUUGGUAG